GCUGCUCGGGACGAAGUGGGUGCAUGCUGGAAUGUCAGUGAUGACGCCGGAGACUGCGAGGCCGACAUUGCCAACGCUUUGCAAGUGAAGGCCAGUCUAUCAGGCGAGUUGGAAGACCAAUCGGAAGACCAAUUGGAUGACCAACUGGAAGAACACUUGGAAGACCAAUUGGAAGACCGAUCGGAAGACCGUUUGGAUAAUGAUUGGUGGCACCGUCGACGUACUUCUCGCAGAUGGUCGCCGUCUCGCAGAUCCAGGAGAUCAAGAAGGUCCAGAAGGUUUUGGUGGCAUCGGCGAAGAUGGUCGCCAACUACAUGGCCACCUCCCACGCCUCCUCCAACACCUCGAACAAGCAGGACAACGACAAUGGCGGCGACGACCACCACCACAACAACAACAAGAACCCGAAGAAGCAGAAAACCUAGAAGAACCACAUCCACCACAACCACCACAACCACCACAACAACGGUAAGAACCAGAAGAAGCAGAAGACCUAGAAGAACCACGUCCACCACAACCACCACAACCACCACAACCACCACGACAACGGUAAGAACCAGAAGAAGCAGAAGACCUAGAAGAACCACGUCGACAACAACCACAACCACCACUACAACAACUACCACCACCACUACCACUACAACCACUACAACCACCACAACCACCACAACCACCACAACCACAACUACAACGAGCACAACCCCCCCGGUACCUCCUCCGGCACCUCCUCG